AUCAGUCGAAGCAACAAGGCUUAUAUCACAUUCCUAAAAUUCAGAAAGUUUGCGCUCCUUAACUUCUUUGCGAGAUCUACUCAUUCGGCGCCAGGUAAUCCUCGACAUGAUUGCGGUUCGUGAUGGAUUGAACAGCCCCCGGCUGCAGGGCGGAGGGGAGGAGGUGGAAGGGAGCCAGUCGCCGUUUCCGGACAAGUACCAGAUGAGGAACACGCGGGUGCUGCGAGUGUCGAAGGCUCGGGUCAGCGAGGUGCCCAUGGAGGUACUGGAGGCGGCCCAACAGGAGAUGGUCAACGUCGUGAGCUUGGAUGGCAACACGCUGCGCGAGAUGCCCAAGGAUCUGCACCUGCUCUCGGAGCACCUCACCCAGUUGAUCCUGACCAAGAACCAGAUCUCCUUUGUACCCACCAACAUUUCGCAGUACGCCAAGCUGACGGACUUGAAUCUCUCCAGCAAUCUGCUGUGCGACUUGCCCAUGGAGUUGGGCGGACUGCGGCAGCUGCGGAGUCUGGACAUAUCCCACAAUCGCUUCCACCAGUUGCCACGCUGCAUCUACGAGCUGGAGAGCCUGGAGUCCUUGUCGGCCCACGACAACCAGAUCCGUGCCAUCGAUGCCAGUGACUUUGGCCUAGGCGGAAUGCGGGAACUGCAUAGCUUGGACUUGGGCAACAACGACAUCCAAAUAGUGCCGCCGACCAUGGGCAGAAUGCGGAAUCUCAGGAACCUGGAGCUCUGCGGCAAUCCCUUCCGCCAGCCCCGCCACCAGAUUCUAUCGAUGGGCACUGAGGCGGUGCUCAGCUACUUGCGCACCCGCAUUCCCAUAUAAAUCAGACAUGUUUUAUGCCCUUUAACAAAUUGCAGAGUAUUGUUUAAUAAACUGACAGCUGUGCGGUGUAGCCCCUAA